AUGGCGACGCCGCCGCUAGAACCUCGGCGGACCUUCUCCGCACCCUCCAUCUCCGUCGAAGACACAAGCUACGAGGAGCCGCUAGAGAGCGUGCAAUCAGACGACCCUCCAACCCCCGAGCAGACGUUGCCCAAACGCAGAACGGAACCCCCGCCAGAACAGCCGCGCUACGGACGCACCCAUCGCAGACGCAGCCCCGGUCCGGACUGGAACACAGCAUGGGACCCAUCCGAUUGGAAAGAUGGCCGAGUGCUGGUCGUCGACUACCUGGGCCGAAGUGACGAAGACGGCAAGCGACGCAUCUCGGCGCAGGAGAUACGCAGCCUCAAGGGCCUGCGCUCGCUGCUGGAAAACCGGGCGCUGCGGGCAUCCUCGAUCCUGCGGGUGGUGCACGUGCAGAACGCGUCGUGGGCGAACAACUACCUGCUGCGCAAGUUCAACAUGGAGCACGACGACGACAUCGUGGGCACGGCCUUCGGGCGGUGGGCGCGCUUCGAGCGCCCCCAGCAGCGGGCGGGCAAGCCCGUCCUCAACGCGCGCGCCUUCCGCCCGCAGCGCGACCCGUGGCGCGGCGUCAGCCGCUGCGCCUUCGGCCUCGACUACCUGAAGCAGUACGACGCGCGCAAGUACAACAAGGACGCCGACGACGAGAAGGUCAAGAUGAUGGAGCUCAACGCGUACGACGCGUUUGAGACGCCCGUGUACGGUCACGACGUCUUCGUGCAGCGCCUGUCGGUCUACGUCCAGCAUCGCGAGCCGCACGAGGACCGGCCCGAGCUGCAUGCCGCCGACUUUGAGAUGCCGAUGCGCAACCCGUACAACCAGGAGGAGUACGGCGAGUACAAGCGGCUGAAGAGGCAGUACGAGCACCGGAGCUCCCGCCACAAGGAGGCCAGUGGCAACGGCUACUUUCCGCAUCUGGAAGAGUUGGAUAACGGAAGCACCAUCAUCGUCUUCGAGAACUCCCAGUCGAACAGCCCCGAGGACACGUUGAUCCAGGCGAGAAAUGAGAUCGAAGCGAGGUGGCGCCGGCUGCCAUUCUACCUGAAAAAGGAGCAGAAGGCGACCGACGAACAGCUGGCCGUCGAGUGCAUGGACUUGGUGUUGAAGGACGUCUUCAAGGCCAUCACCGUGGGAUGGGAGAGAUUCAUGCGGGCUUGCGAGACUCACGUCAGCAUUUUGGAAGACAAGAUCUACGAAAACCCAGCCGACGAGUCUCGCGCUCCCGAACUGUGGAUCAACUCGUCUCUGUGGCUCAAGGUCGAGAAGCUGAUCUACCUUCACAUCGACCUCGCCAAAGACGUCCGCAACAUGAUGGGAGACGUCACCGGCGACGAAGGACCCGACGAAUGGAUCUCGCAGUCCGCCGAGGAAUUCGACAAGAUAGCAAACUCGGUCAACGAGGACCUCAUCAAGCCCACCCAAAACCUAUCCGACAUGAUGUACAAGUCCGUCGAGAUCCGCGACUCACGCCUCGGCCUCCAACUCGACACCAGCAUGUGGCGGCUGUCCUGGAUCACCUUCAUCUUCCUGCCGCUGACCUUCAUCAGCGGCUUCUUCGGCAUGAACGUCGACAUCUUCUCAAAGGACGAGAACAACCCCGAGCUGAAAUGGUACUUCAUCGUCACCGUCCCGCUCAUGGCCACCGUCGUCCUCUUCUGGCUCUUCUUCAAGCGCGCCGGGCCCGGCCUCGACAACGACCCCACCGACUCGCAGCGCGGCGUCUACGAGCACCUCUUCCACGAAUUCAGCGACAACUACCCGCGCGUGUGGACGCGCGAAGGGCCGCGCCUCGACUCUCCCUCUUCUCCUUUUUCUCCCUCGUCCUCCCCAUCCAACGUCUUCGCCCGCCUCAAGUGGCGCCUCGUCCGCCACUGGUUCGACCCCGACCGCACCAUCCGCGCAAGGGGCUACAGCCCCGCCGACGACCUCGGCCCCUACGCCCGCUUCAAGCGCGCCGCCGCCCGCCGCUGGCUCCGCCAGCUCGAAAACGACGCCCGCGACCGCGCGGUGCGGCUGCAGGACGCGGCCGCCGAGAGGCGUCUCGACGGCUUGCAGGCUGCUGGCGACAAUGGCAACGGCAACUCCACCACACCCUUCGAUCUCGCUCCCGCGAUGGAAGCGGGAACCGUGAUCGUACCUGGCCCCGAGUCCGAGGGCCCCUUGGUCGACUGGUCGCGAAGCAGCAGCGGUCGAAUUGGCGUACCUGGCGACGCAGGCGGCGGCCGAGGCCGAGCCGGCGGCCGUGCCGGCCAUGAGGCGGAUGAGGUCGUCCGGGUCGGGGUCGAGAGGUGGUUCUGA